AACAAAAAACAACAACAACAACAAAAAAAAAACACCCAAAAAAAAAAAAAAUCCCCAAAAACGAGGAGGAGAAUUUUGCGGUGGGACGCGCUCGAGGCGUGGGGGAGAGGAGAUGGAGUUUUGGGGAGGAUGGUUUGGGGUUCAGGCACAAGUGGGGAGAGGUUUGGGUGAGACCUGGGCUUCAGAAUUCGGCCAGGUGUCCGAAAUGGGACAGAAAUCCAGCCCAAAAAUGUGGUCAGGUGUGCUCAAAUCCACCCAAAAUCCGGCCAAAAUGUGGUCAGGUGUGCUCAAAUCCACCCAAAAUGUGGUCAGGUGUGCUCAAAUCCACCCAAAAUGUGGUCAGGUGUGCUCAAAUCCACCCAAAAUCCGGCCAGGUGUGCUCAAAUCCACCCAAAAUCCACCCAAAAUGUGGUCAGGUGUGCUCAAAUCCACCCAAAAUCCGGCCAGGUGUGCUCAAAUCCACCCAAAAUGUGGUCAGGUGUGCUCAAAUCCACCCAAAAUCCGGCCAGGUGUGCUCAAAUCCACCCAAAAUGUGGUCAGGUGUGCUCAAAUCCACCCAAAAUCCACCCAAAAUGUGGUCAGGUGUGCUCAAAUCCACCCAAAAUCCGGCCAGGUGUGCUCAAAUCCACCCAAAAUGUGGUCAGGUGUGCUCAAAUCCACCCAAAAUCCGGCCAGGUGUGCUCAAAUCCACCCAAAAUGUGGUCAGGUGUGCUCAAAUCCACCCAAAAUCCAGCCAGGUGUGCUCAAAUCCACCCAAAAUCCACCCAAAAUGUGGUCAGGUGUGCUCAAAUCCACCCAGAAUUCGGCCAGGUGUCCGAAAUGGGACAAAAAUCCACCCAAAAUCUGGCCAGGUGUGUUCCAAAUUCACCCAAAAUCUGGCCAGGUGUGCUCAAAUCCACCCAAAAUCUGCCCAGGUGCCCAAAUUUAUCCAAAAUCCACCCAAAAUUCAACCAGCUCUGCAAAAAUCCACCCAAAUUUCCCCAAAAUCCACCCAGAUUUCCCCCCCAAAAAAAAAAAAAAUCCAGCUAGAUCCACCCAAAUUUCCCCAAAUUUUUCCAAAUUUCCCCAAAAUCCAACGUGGGAGGGAAAAGUUUCGGGUCCGAGCCAGGGAAGGGAAAAUCGACCCCAAAAAAUUGAAAUUGGAACCCAAAAAAAAAAAAAAAAAAUCUCAAAUUCCAGCCCAAAAUCCAAAUUUAUCCUAAAAUAAAAUCAAAUCCCACCCCAAAAACCCCAAAUCUGAUCCCAAAAUCAGCAAAUCCCACCCCAAAAAUCAACAAAAAAAACAAAAAAUCACCAAAAUUUGAUCCUGGAAAAUCAAAAUCCGACCCCGAAUUUAUCCCGAAGUUUCCCUGGAAAAAUUCAGCUCAAAUUAAACAACAAAAAAAAAAAAAAAAUUUACCCCCCAAAUAAUUCCCAAAAACUCCCCCAAAAAAACCCCAAAAAUUCCAAAAAAAUUCCUAAAAAUCAAAAAAAAAAUCCUUAAAAAUUCCCCUAAAAAUUCCCUAAAAAUUCCCCUAAAAAUUCCCAAAAAUUUCUCCCAAAAAAAUCUCAAAAAUUCCCAUAAAAAUUCCCAAAAAUUCCCCAAAAAAAAAUCCCAAAAUUUCCCCUAAAAUUCCCAAAAAAAUUCCCCUAAAAAUUCUUAAAAAUUGACCUAAAAAUUCCCAUAAAAAUUCCCAAAAAUUCCCCUAAAAUUCCCAAAAAAUUCCCCUAAAAAUUCUUAAAAAUUCACCUAAAAAUUCCCAUAAAAAUUCCCAAAAAUUCCCCUAAAAUUCCCAAAAAAUUCCCCUAAAAAUUCUUAAAAAUUCACCUAAAAAUUCCCAUAAAAAUUCCCAAAAAUUCCCAUAAAAAAAUCCCAAAAAUUCCCCUAAAAAUUCCCCCCCCCCCCCGGGAGCUGCCGGAUCCUCAGGUUGGAUUUUGGGGAAAUUUGGGGAAAUUUUGUCACUUUUUGGGUCUUUUCUCCCGACCUCAGCUAUAAAAAUUGUAAAUAAAUCCCAAAUUCUCCCCAAAUUCCCAAAAAAAUUUUUUUUUUUUGCGGUGACUUGGGCUUGAAAUUCCCGUUUUUUCCCCCCCCCAAAAAAAAAAAAAAAUAAAAAAUCCCAAUUCCAGGGGAAAGGAAAAAAAAAAAAAACCAAAAAAAUUCCAAAUUUUGAGGGUUUGAGCAGCAAAAAGCCCCAAAAUUUGGAAUUUUUUUCCCCCAAAAAUUUGGAAUUUUUUCACCUCAAAAUUUGGAAUUUUUUUCACCCCAAAAUUUGGAAUUUUUUCACCUCAAAAUUUGGAUUUUUUUUCAACCAAAAUUUGGAUUUUUUCACCCCAAAUUUGGAAUUUUUUUCCCCCAAAAAAUUCGGAAUUUUUUCUCCCCAAAUUUGGAAUUUUUGCACCUCAAGAUUUGGAAUUUUUCACCCCAAAAUUUGGAUUUUUUUUCCCCCCAAAACUUGGGAAGUUUUCACCUCAAAAUUUGGAAUUUUUCACCCUAAAAUUUGGAAUUUUUUUCACCCCUAAAUUUGGAUUUUUUUCACCCCAAAAUUCGGAAUUUUUUCACCCCAAAAUUUCGAAUUUUUUGCUCCAAAAAUCGGAAUUUUUUUUUUUUUUUUCUUACUCCGUAUUUCGGAUUUUUUUUUUUGGAAAACUAAAAAGGAAAAAAUUCAAUGAUCACAACGGACCCAAAAUCUCAUUAAAAAACAAAAAGAAAAAAAAAAAAACAAAAACAAAACAAGAAAAAAAAAAAAAAUUUAUGAAAAUUGCACCAAAAAAAAAUCACGGGGAAAGAAUUCAAAAUUAGAAAAAGCACCAAAAAAAAAAAACCCCAAAAAAAUCCCCCAAAAAUCGCAUUAAAAACUAAAAAAGAAUUCCUAAAAAACAGAAAAAAUUAAGAUAAAAAAUUAAAAUAUUUUCCAAAAAAAAAUAUUUAAAAAAAAAUGGAACCAAAAUUCUGGAUUUUUCUCCAUUUCCCUCGGGAGAUUUGGAGGAAAAAAAAAAAAAAAUUAAAAAAUGGAAUUUUUUUCCCUAAAAAAUCGCGAGGUUUUGGCGAUUUUGGGAUUUAUUUUUCCCCCUAAAAUCGGGAUUUUUUCAACCCAAAAUUGGGAUUUUUUUUCAACCCCAAAAAAUCAGGAUUUUCCCACCCAAAAAAUUGGGAUUUUCCUCUGCAAAAUUGGGAUUUUUUUAACCCAAACUUGGGAUUUUUCAACCCAAAAUUGGGAUUUUUUUAACCCAAAUUUGGGAUUUUUCAAUCCAAAAUUGGGAUUUUUUAACCCAAAUUUGGGAUUUUUCCACCCCAAAAAUCGGGAAUUUUUUUUCACCCCAAAAUCGGAGAUUUUCCACCCAAAAAUGAAAAUUUUUCCAGCCAAAAAAAAAAAAAAAAAAAAAUCAUCUCCCACCCUCAAAAAAAUCGGGAUUUUCCUCCUAAAAAUCGAGAAAUUUCCACCCAAAAAAAUCGGGAUUUUCUGCUCCAAAAAUUGAAAUUUCCACCCGAAAAUUUGAAAUUUUCCUCCCCCAAAAAUCGGGAUUUUUAUCCGAAAAAUGAAAUUUUUUUUUUCCGACUGAAAAUGAAAAAUUCCCAGCCAAAAAUUGGGAUUUUUCAACCCAAAAUUCGGGAUUUUUCUUCUCCCAAAUCCGGGAUUUUUCUACCCAAAAAAUGGGAUUUUUUCCACCCAAAAUCGGGAUUUUCCACCCCCAAAAUUCGGGAUUUUUCAACCUAAAUUCGGGAAUUUUCCACCCCCAAAAUUGGGAUUUUUUUCCCCAAAAAUUCGAGAUUUUUCCUCUCAAGAAAUCGGGAUUUUUCUACCCAAAAAUUGGGAUUUUUUUCACCCAAAAUCGGGACUUUCCAACCCCAAAAUCGGGAUUUUUCCACCCCAAAAUUCGGGAUUUUUCAACCCAAAUUCGGGAAUUUUCCACCCCCAAAAUCGGGAUUUUUUUCCUUCCCAAAUCCGGGAUUUUUCACCCAAAAUCGGGAUUUUCCAACCCCAAAAUUCGGGAUUUUCCAACCCCAAAAUUCGGGAUUUUUCCACCCCAAAAUCAGGAUUUUUUCACCCAAAUUCGGGAUUUUUUUCCUCCCCAAAUCCGGGAUUUUUCACCCAAAAUCGGGAUUUUCCAACCCCAAAAUUCGGGAUUUUUCCACCCAAAAUCAGGAUUUUUUCAACCCAAAUUCGGGAUUUUUUUCCUCCCCAAAUUCGGGAUUUUUCAACCCAAAUUCGGGAUUUUUUUCCUCUCCCAAAAUCGGGAUUUUUCACCCAAAAUUCGGAUUUUCCAACCCCAAAAUUCGGGAUUUUUCCACCCCAAAAUCAGGAUUUUUUUCAACCCAAAUUCGGGAUUUUUUUCCUCCCCAAAUUCGGGAUUUUUCCAACCCAAAAUCGGGAUUUUUUUUACCCAAAUUCGGGAUUUUUCAACCCAAAACCGCUUCUUCUUUUUUUUUUAAUUUCCUUUUUUUUUUUCGUUUUUAUUUUUUUUUUAAUUUAAAUUUUUCUUUUUCUUUUUCCGGGAAUUUUUGGUGGGGGGGGAGGGGGGGGAAGGAAAAAAGAAAAUAAAAAAAAAAAAAAAAAUCGGGAAUUUUUUUGUAGAGCGGAUUUGUCGGGAUUGG